CUAGCCACAUAUGAGAAUAAUUAUAGGUUCUCUAGAAAACUAGGUUCUGUGAUAUCCUGGCACAUAGGAGUUUCUUAGAGUACAGCCUACAACAGUAGUUGUCAGUAAGUCAGCUUCUUACUUUCUACCACAUUGUCAAAAAUUCUAUCCUUAAAAAAAUCUAUGGAUUAAAAAACCAGAAGAGUUCAUCAGUUGCUGUUAUUUGUGUAUGUGGUGGUUUCCCAAGAAAAGCCUGAGGGAUCAGAAAGGGGUUUUCUUUGUUUUUAAGUGGAAAAAUAGAAGAAUAAAAAUCAUAAAGUGUUGAAGAUUGAGGAAAAAAGCCAUCUGAUCUACCUUUGGGAUCAUUGAAGAUUUCAAAUGAUUGGAAGAAUUACCUAUUUUUCUGAAAUAAAUCAUCUCAAAAUCUCUGUAUAGCCUCCCUCCUGCUGCUUUUCCUGAAGAAGUAAUAGGAUCAAGUCCCUUGGACAUUCAGCGUGAGAGACCUGAAGAAUAAAAAAGAACCUGGUGCCAAACCCUAAGUGGUUCCUUAAACAGGAAAAAUGGGCUGUGAUCGGAACUGUGGGCUCAUCACAGGUGCUGUCAUAGGUGGAGUGCUGGCUGUACUGGGAGGCAUAUUAAUGCCUGUUGGAGAUAUGAUUAUUCAGAACACAAUUAAAAAGCAAUGUGUCAUCGAAGAAGGUACAAUUGCUUAUAAAAAUUGGGUUAAAACAGGCACAGAAGUUUACAGACAAUUUUGGAUAUUUGAUGUGCAAAAUCCAGAAGAGGUGAUGGUUAAUAGUACCAACAUUAAAGUUAAACAGAGAGGCCCUUAUACAUACAGGGUUCGCUAUCUAGCCAAGGAAAAUCUAACUCAGAAUGCAGAUAACACAGUUUCUUUUGUGCAGCCCAAUGGUGCCAUCUUUGAACGUGGACUGUCAGUUGGGUCAGAAGAUGACAGCUUUACUGUCCUCAAUCUUGCUGUGGCAGCUGCACCCAUUCUGUAUCCAAAUGCUUUUGUCCAGAUGGUAUUAAACUCAUUUAUCAAAAAGUCCAAAUCUUCUAUGUUCCAAGUCAGAACCUUAAAAGAACUAUUGUGGGGCUAUAAAGAUCCAUUCCUAAGUUUGGUUCCCUACCCUAUUGAUACCACAGUUGGUGUCUUCUAUCCUUACAACAAUACAGUAGAUGGAGUUUACAAAGUUUUCAGUGGAAAAGAUGACAUAAGCAAAGUUGCCAUAAUUGACACUUAUAAAGAUAAAAAGAAUCUCUCAUAUUGGCCAGGUUACUGUGACAUGAUCAAUGGCACAGAUGCAGCCUCAUUUCCUCCUUUUGUGGAGAAGACCAGGAUAUUGAGGUUCUUUUCCUCUGAUAUUUGCAGGUCAAUCUAUGCUGAAUUUGAAACUGAGAUCAAUCUGAAAGGGAUCCCGGUCUACCGAUUUGUCCUUCCAUCUAAGGCCUUUGCAUCUCCUGUUGUAAAUCCAGAUAAUGAUUGCUUUUGCACGGAAAAAGUUAUCUCAAACAACUGCACAUCAGCUGGUGUUCUAGACAUUAGCAGUUGCAAAGGAAAAAAGCCAGUGUACAUUUCACUUCCUCACUUUCUACAUGCAAGCCCUGAUGUGCCAGAACCUAUAGAUGGGCUAAAUCCAAAUGAAGAAGAACAUCGGACAUACCUGGAUGUUGAACCUAUCACUGGAUUUACUUUGCAAUUUGCAAAACGACUACAGGUUAACAUACUUGUUAAACCAGUAAAAAAAAUUGAAACUUUAAGUAAACUGAAACGACACUACAUUGUCCCAAUUCUUUGGCUUAAUGAAACUGGUACUAUUGGUGAUGAGAAAGCUGAAAUGUUCAGAAAACAAGUAACUGGCAAAAUAAACCUCUUGGGUAUGGUAGAAAUGGUUUUACUUGCCGUUGGUCUGGUGACCUUUGUUGCAUCCAUGAUUGCAUAUUGUGUAUGCAGGUCAAAAAAAAUAAAAUAAGUAGCAAGAAACACUCUGGAUACAGAGGAUAGCUGUGUCAUAAUCAGGAUCUUUAGUAACAUUGACUCAAAUAAAGGACAUAGUUUGUAUACACAGACUAUAGUAAAGAAAAGCUGAGACAUUGAUCUUAAAACUACAUAUUUAUCUCAUACUUUUAAAAAAUGGAUCAUGAUUAUGUUGGUUGUAAAAUCUAGAAAAUACAAUUAUACAUGAGUAAAUUGUUCCUAUCACUAGUACUAUCUGGUAAGAGAUUCAGUACAAUUGUUGAAGUUUGCACAGGCCACAAGGACUGAGAUUUCCAAAGUUCCAUGGGAAAAGAGCUAUCACCAAUCACAUUGCCUAUAGUCAAUAAUAAUAAAGUAUUUUUUCCCCUUAUUCAAAAGCUAUUAGUGCAACACUUCAUGAGGAAAAAAUAACUUGAAAGGCCAAUAAGACUGUUUGAUCAUUGGCCUCACUAUUUCUAUUUUAGCCCAUUGAGAAACAUAAAAUGUAUCAGUUACAUUUUGCCUAAAUAUAGGCCCUGUUAUUCUUGACCCUGUGCUCAGAAAAAUGAAAAUCCUUCAAUCUCCUGUCUUUUCCUUUUUACGGAUACGGUUUUGGAUAUUUUCCCCAAGCUUUUCAGUUGUUUAAGAAGUUUGUGAGAAUAGUCCUUCAUCCUUUCAUUCAUCCAAGGUUUAAGGUUGGUUACUUCAGAAUGCAGAAAUGUCAUCAAAGAUAUGAAUCAAAAGUGUUGUUUUUUUAUGAAUUAUGCUCAGUCAUACAAUGUGUAUAUUAAUAAAGUUAAUAGUGACAUUAUAACUGAGGAUUAUAUAGUUCCAAAAGGAUUGAUUUAAAAUUCAAAUGAUUUUAAUUAGUUCUCUUUUAUAUUAUCUUACUGUACUAUAUCUUCAUUUUCAUAUAGCACAUAUCUUUCUUUUUUGUUCUCCCAACAUGUGAAUAUUUUAAGGUGUCUUUUCUUCAUCCAGAUUCUACCUAAGUUUCUCUGACAUUCAAGUUACAAUAUCUUGAUUUGUUUUAACUUAAUUUUUUCUGAAGAAUUGGGGAAGAAAAGACUGAAACAUGAUGUGUUCCUUUUCUUGUUCUUUAUUUUAAAAAAUAGAUGUUGAUGUACUCUUGAUAGAGUUCCUCCAUCCCCCACAUUGGUAGAGGCCUGUUUCUUCUAGGGGCAUUGAUAACACCAGUGUAUUGUAGAAGAAAAAUUUGCUUUUCUCAUAAAGAAGAGUAUACUUCAGGUUUCAUGUACAGAAAAAGGAAAACAAUUAUAUUUUUACAUUAAAUGCUAAUUCAAGAACCAGAAUAUUAAUCCUUUAUUUUCAUAUUUAAAUUGGGAACAUAUUAGUAUCUCAAAAAGUACCAUAGCAUGUCUGAGAAAAAAAAUAUCAUUGGAGAAUUCAGAGAUCUAACAAAAUUAGUUAAUUGGAUAUAUAUUUUUUCAGUGUACUAAAUAUUUAUUAGUUUAUUAUGAUGUACAAAAUCUAUUUUUCAGAUAUUAACCAAUCAAUAAGAUAACCAAAAGUUUAGAUGACUACUUAAGUUAGAAAAUAACUUAUGUUAAUUCAGCCCUCAAGAAAUUUCAUUUAAGACAAAAAGUUUAGAUGUACUUGCUGUGGUGGAAAUAUUUUAUCUUUCAUACUUAUUUAGAAGACAAUAAUAAAAAAAACCCACCAAAACAUCUUUAUGUACUAGGGAAGAUCCAGGGCUUCAAGAACUAGGCUAACAUAGUUUUGGGACAGGAAACAUGAUCUACCUCCAGUCCCCAAUACUUUCGUUAAUAUUACUUCCUAAAGCAAAGCUAGACCUGUGUUCCAUGGGGUUACACUGCUAGAACUUAAUGACAUUUAUAAUGGAUUCUAGCCCUGAUUCAGGCAUUUACAAAUCAGGGAAGUGAAAUGAGAUGCUUUAUUUUCCCACAUGCAUUGAAUGUUUAAAUGCAACCUUAACUUCACAGCACUCCUUUUAUAUUUUAGGCAUUGCAUUUCAAUUUUUAAAAUUCUUCAUAUGAUUGUCAAAGACUGAACAUUCUCAUGUAAAAUGUAUUGAAAAUAUUUCACAGUAAACUGAAUGCUGUUUCACCUUUGAAAGGACAAUAUAAGAUAGACAAGGGUAUAUCUUUCAUGUAGAAAAAAAAGAUGCAUGGAUUUUUAAUAGUUUUAUUUGUGUAAAAAUAGUGGGGGUUUUUUCCCAAAUGAAUGGCUAGUUUUCAAUGGGGUUAAGUGUUUGAGGAUUUGUAAUUAUAUGUGGGUGAAAUUCAUGAUUUUUUAAAAUGCAAAACUAUACAGAGCAAUCAUCCAUAACCUUAAUUGCAAAAAAUUAUGAAAAUCCUUGAAAAUAGUUUUUCUUGAAUAAAUUUUGCCAUUUAAAA